CUGUUUUGGUGCAUCGCACAUGGGUUUGAGGCAUCCUAACCUGUCCUUUCAUCCCAGGGCCCUGUGGAUGGGAAUGGACGGACAGAUGGCUGCUUUGCCAGCCUUGCCCAGCGCCACGGUCCAUACGAGAGCCCCGGCAGGCGGGUUUUGACGGCCGGCGUGGCGAGCAGAGCGGGACUGGGCCCACCCGUACCUCCUGACUCUUCUGUGGUAGACGUGAACCACUGUGUGGAUUGGGUUUUUAAGUCGCGAAAGACUUCGUGCCGCAGCUGCCGUCACCAUGAACGGGCUGUCGGUGAGCGAGCUGUGCUGCCUCUUCUGUUGCCCGCCCUGCCCCAGCCGGAUAGCGGCCAAGCUGGCCUUCCUGCCCCCGGAGCCCACCUACGCCAUUGUGCCCGAGCCAGAGCCUGCAGGCAGCACCAGCACCAGCUCGCUGAGGGGCAGCACGCCGGGGCGCUGGAAGCUGCACUUGACCGACCGGGCAGAUUUCCAGUAUGCCCAGCGGGAGCUGGACACCAUUGAGGUGUUUCUAACCAAGAGCAGCCGAGGGAACCGCGUCGGCUGCAUGUACAUCCGCUGUGUGCCAGGCGCCAGGUUCACGGUGCUCUUCUCCCAUGGCAAUGCUGUGGACCUAGGCCAGAUGAGCAGCUUCUACAUCGGGCUGGGCACGCGCAUCAACUGCAAUAUCUUCUCCUAUGACUACUCGGGCUAUGGUGUCAGCACGGGGAAACCCUCAGAGAAGAACCUUUAUGCUGACAUCGAUGCUGCCUGGCAAGCGCUGAGGACACGGUACGGGAUCAGCCCGGAGAACAUCAUCCUGUACGGACAGAGCAUUGGCACAGUGCCCACCGUGGACCUGGCUUCACGCUAUGAGUGUGCCGCUGUCGUGCUGCACUCGCCCCUCACUUCGGGCAUGAGGGUUGCCUUCCCGGACACUAAGAAGACCUACUGCUUUGACGCCUUCCCCAACAUCGAGAAGAUUUCGAAGAUCACUUCGCCUGUCCUCAUCAUCCACGGCACCGAGGACGAGGUCAUCGACUUCUCGCAUGGGCUGGCGCUAUACGAGCGCUGCCCCAAGGCAGUGGAGCCCCUGUGGGUGGAGGGUGCGGGACACAACGACAUUGAACUGUAUAGCCAGUACCUUGAGCGCUUGCGCAAGUUCAUCUCCCAGGAGCUGGCGAGCCAACGCAACUGAGCAGCCAUCUCCGCCCCAUGCUGAGCCAGGCGGUAGGGCACCGGCUCCUGGAGGUGCCAUGAGCUCAGGCAGCCUCAGCUGGGGCCCAGACCGAACUGAGUAGCUGGAGAGAAGCUGCAGGUCCUUGAAUGUACAUUGUGUGUCUCAUGACAUCUUGGGCAAGUCCCAUUUGAUACAAGCACAGCGCCCUUGCUGGACCUCCCCUGCAAAGUGCAUCCUGCCAACAGGGGUUCUGCACGGGAGCCUGGGGGACAGCAGGUGUAGAGGAGUUUUCUCCCCCCCAUGGGUGUCUUGGGGGGCAGGGAAAAAGGACAAGGACCCAUCCCUCCAACUCCUGCCCGAGUCGUCUCCUGAGCCUGCCCUGGAGCUGGCUGGGGGUUCCUGCAGCCUCAGCCCUCCGGGAAUCACCUCCAGCUCUGACCCUACCGUGCAGCUGUUCUGACAAUAGCAAUAAGCACUGGGCAAGCUGCAGGUAAGAGAGCAGCACAUCCCUGGCAGGAUGC